AUGAACUUUACCGCUAGCUUUCUUGCCCUCCUGGCUGCUGCUCAGUCAAUUGCAGCAUUCCCCUUCGGUGGUUCCCACUCUGAUGACCUUGUGGCCCCUGUGCCAGUCACCCAGCUCGUCUGCGACGGAGAUACCUACAAAUGCACUGCGUCUCUCGAUUUUGGUGAUGGCCGAUGGGUCGCCGAUUGGAACACAGCUGUCUUCCACACUGGCCUUUUCGGCGGCAUCGAUCACAAGGAAACUAUUGCCCGCAUGGCCAUGGCUCCAGUUCCUGUCACCGCCUUAAAUUGCGACGGUGACACAUACAAGUGCACUGCUAACUUGAAAUUUGGUGACGGUCGCUGGGUUGCUCAAUGGAGCGCGAAUGUUUUCCACACCUUCGCUCCUUCCGUUGAGGAACCUAACUUUGCGCCUGUCCCCGUCACCAAGUUGACCUGCGAUGGUGACACUUACAAGUGCACUGCCAACUUGCAAUUCGGCGACAACCGAUGGGUCGCUCAGUGGGGAAGCAAUGUAUACCACAGAGGCUUCACCGCUACAUCCGAGAAGCCCAGCUUCUUGCAACAAUAA